UCUGCAAGACUUAAGGCUAUGCUUUACAUUUUUCAUUUGUUGAGGUUUUUUGUUUUACUUCUAGACAGUAGCAACCAAAAAAAAUUAGAAUUCUAAAAUUUGCAUUUAAAGUUAUAGGAGCAAAAUUUUAAUCCAGUAUUUGCCUAUAUCUCUUACAGGAAUCUUUAUGCAUGAUGUUGACUCUGUGGAUUUGGAUAGUACAAGCUUUGCUUAUUUUCUUCACCUUUGAUUCAGUACAAGGUGGAAUUUUAAAACCAUGUGGUCAAAUCAUCCCAGAAUCUCCAAUUAUAACACCUCAUACUAAUUUCACAGCGAUAUGUAUUUUAAAAGAAAAGUGUUUGAGUGAUCAGCACUUAAAUGCUAGUCACAUUUUCUGGAAAAUAAAAAAUACCUAUAUUCCUAAGGAACAAUACACUGUCAUUAAUAGAACAGCUGCCAGUGUUACAUUGGAAGAUGUAUCUUCAUUAGGUAAUCUACUAACAUGCAACAUUUUACUAUAUGGACAGAUUGAACAGACUAUUUAUGGAAUCCAAAUGCAAAUAGGCUGGCUUCCAGAGAAACCAAAAAAUUUGCAUUGUGUUGUAAAUGGUCAAACUGACAUGAAGUGUCAGUGGGACCCUGGAAAGGAAACACAUUUGGAUACAACAUAUGUUUUAAAGUCAAAAUGGGCAAUAAAUCAGCUGCCAGAUUGCAUUCCACCACCUGGGGUAAAUGACUCAUGCACAGUUGAUAUGGUUGUGUUUUAUGUCAACACGGAUGUCUGGGUAGUAGCUUCAAAUGCCCUUGGAAAUGUUUCAUCUGAUCCUAUCAAUUUUGAUCCCAUCGAUUUGGUGAAACUCCUCCCUCCACAUAAUAUAUCAGUCAGCAAUUCUAAGGAACUAUCCAGUAUCUUAAAAGUGUCGUGGACCAACCCUGAUAAUAAACCUUUUGAUGGACUAAAAUAUAAUAUUCGGUACCGGGCAAAAGAGACUUCAAAUUGGACACUGAUUCCUCCUGAAGACACAGCUACCACCCGGAAUUCAUUUACUGUUCAGGACCUUAAACCUUUUACAGAAUAUGUAUUUUCAAUUCGUUGUAUGAACAAAGAGGGUAAAGGAUUCUGGAGUAAUUGGAGUGCAGAAGCAAGUGGAGUCACUUAUGAAGCUAAACCAACAAAUGCAUCAAGUUUCUGGUAUGAGAUCAAUCCUUCUCAAAGUCAUGGAUACAGACUUAUUCUUCUGAAAUGGAAGCCUUUGACUCGAUCUCAAGCCAAUGGAAGAAUCUUGGAUUAUGAAGUAACUCUAAAGGGAGGCAAAAGAUCACAUUUGCCAAUAUACACCAAUGAUACAAAAUUGACUGUGAAUGUCACAAAUGACCCUUAUGUUGUAAGUCUGAGAGCUCGUAAUAUAGUUGGAAGCUCUGAUCCAUCCACUUUAACUAUUCCUGGCCAUGACUUUAAAGCAGCUCACCCUGUAACAAAUCUUAAAGCAUUUCCUAAAGAUAAUGCACUUUGGGUAGAGUGGACACCCCCAAAAGAACCUGUAAAUAAAUACAUAUUGGAGUGGUGUAUAUUUUCUGAUAAUUUGCCAUGUAUUCCUGAUUGGCAGCAAGAAACCAGUGCCGUGCAACAGACUUACUUGAAAGGAAAAUUAAUGGAGAGCAAAUGUUAUUUGAUAACCGUUAUCCCAGUGUAUGAUGAUGGUCCAGGAAGUCCCCAGUCUGUACAGGCAUAUCUCAAACAAGCUCCACCUUCCAAAGGACCUUCUGUUCGAACAAAGAAAGUGGGAAAAAAUGAAGCAGUCUUAGUGUGGGACCACCUUUCUGUCGAUGAUCAGAAUGGAUUCAUCAGAAACUAUACUAUAUUUUACAGAACUAGCAGUGGAAAUGAAACAGCUGUACAUGUGAACUCAUCCCACAGAGAAUAUACACUUUCUCCCUUGAAUAGUGACACCUUAUACAUGGUGCGGAUGGCAGCAUAUACAGAUGAAGGAGGCAAGGAUGGGCCAGAAUUCACUUUUACUACUUCAAAGUUUGCUCAAGGAGAAAUUGAAGCUAUAGUUGUUCCUGUUUGCUUAGCAUUCUUAUUGAUUACUCUUCUGGGCGUAUUGCUCUGUUUUAACAAACUAGACCUAAUCAAGAAACAUAUUUGGCCUAAUGUUCCAGAUCCUUCAAAGAGUCAUAUUGCUCAGUGGUCACCUCACACACCACCUAGGCACAAUUUGCAUCCCAAAGAUCAGAUGUAUCCAGAAGGCAAUUUCACUGACACUGAUGUCAGUGUUGUAGAAAUAGAAGCAAAUGUCAAAAAGCCUUCUCCAGAAGAUCUAAAGUCAUUAGAUCUCUUCAAGAAGGAAAAAAUAAUUACUGAAGGGCACAGCAGUGGUAUUGGAGGUUCUUCAUGCAUGUCAUCUUCUAGGCCAAGCAUUUCUAGUAAUGAUGAAAGUGAAUCUGGACAAAACACUUCAAGCACUGUACAGUAUUCCACUGUAGUCCACAGUGGCUAUAGGCACCAGGUUCCAUCAGUCCAGGUCUUCUCCAGGUCCGAGUCCACCCAGCCUUUAUUAGACUCAGAAGAACGACAAGAAGACUUACAGAUAGUAGAGAACGGAGGUAGUGGUGAUGGCGCAUCACCCAGGCAGCAAUAUUUCAAACAAAACUGUAAUCAAGAUGAUGUUGGACCAGAUCUAUCACAUUUUGAAAGAUCAAAGCAAGUUUCUUCAGUGAAUGAGGAGGAUUUUGGUAGACUUAACCAGCAACAGAUUUCAGAUCAGAGAUCACAGUCCUCUCGGUUUGGACAAAUCAAAGAUUUUGAAGAAAUUAAUGUAGCAGAUCAUUUUGGUCCAGAUACCGAGGGACAUAUUCAGAGAUCUGAAACAACUGGGCUGGAGGCAGCAGCCGAUGAAAGCAUGCCUAAAAGCUAUUUACCACAGACUGUAAGACGAGGUGGCUACGUGCCUCAGUGAGGAAUACUAAUUUCCUUUAAGACUUAAUUGGUGACUGUUUUCCUGCAAAGUAAAGCUAAGUAUACUUUUAUCUGUGACUUCAGAUAAAAACAUCACUUGUUGAAGGUAGUUAUUUGACCUCCUGGACUAAAGCAUACUUUACUUAAUGGGCUAUUUCUCUUCUGGAAUAACUGAGAUUCUACAUCAAGCACUACAUGAACACUUUUGCAUCCUGUCUGAAUAGUUGAAUUUGUGCUGCUUCAGGAUGUUUGCAUUUUAAAAAGAAAAACUUGUCUAGAAUUCUUUAAAUGAAACCUUUCAUUUCUGUUGUGUUGAUAAGAAGACAGAGGGCAUUUAAGAAGUUGGCAUGGUCAUACUGACUUAGAAAUUUACUGGCCUCAUUAAGAUGGUCAGUCACUCUAAGAAUGGUAAAAGUGUGAUCUUUGAGCAUAGAAAGAUUUUUUUUUUAAGCGAAGAACCACAUGCUUGGUUAUCAUGUUUGGGUUUCUAAAGUACUUAAUGAAUUAGUAUACUAUAAGUAACAAAGACUGAUUUCUACAUGCCACAAAAGUGGUUGAUCUCCUUAUUAUAUGGUGCAACCAUUUAUAAAUGAGGCCACAGUUGACUUCUUUUCAAUUGUGAUGAUACCAUUGAUUAUUAGCACAAUCCUUAAAUUGUGGGGCCUCAAUCUUAGCAGAUUAAAAAGUUUCAAUGUUUAUUUGUCAUAUUAUACACACAACAAAAUCUUCACUUCACAAAAAUCGGGUGGGCAGGAGAAAGAAUGGGGAAGAGGAAAGAAAUCACUUCAUUACUACUGUCAUAAACCUCAUUUAAGCAAAUUCAUUCAUGUCAGGUGUGCAGUGGAUAGAACAAAUGCUGCAAACUGGGCAUUUUUUUUAUAAGCCACUUGUAGUUUGCAGAGAUUUAAAUUUUGUAACAUUUCUCUAUUGGUAUAUAUUGAAAUUAUAGACUUAUUAGGCUUUAGAAAACGUGGUUAGAGAAGCACUUUAUCUGAACUUUUGAGUUUAAAAUUUUUGUCAUUUAAUAUAUUUUGUGUUUUUCUUUAUUUUUAGCUAAGUAGGCCAGCAUUGAAAAAUGUCUUUUUUAGCACUUGCCUCACUAUUUCCUAGCAUUAUAAUCAUUGUUGUCAUAAGAAUUAUAUAUACUUAUUUACUAACAAGAAUUUUUUAAUAAGAUAUCGCAUACCUAAUCCAGAGGAAAAAUGGAAAAUCAGCAUACCCAUCCUCACUAAUUCCACCUUAUUGUUCAGGAGCCUUCAGAGCCUUUUGAAUAAGCCAUCUCAUCUUUUAGGGACCUGGAAGCUACCCCUUCAUACUGCUGGUGUGACCUUAGAGUUCACUUACUCAUUUGUAAAACUUCCCUGCUAUGCCAGCCAUAUCUUAACAAGAUAGAAGUAGACCAAACAAAUUGGCUAAAUACUUGUUAGACCUUGAAAUGAGAAAAAGCAUGCCAGCAGCAAAACAGGUUCCUACUACCUAAGGAAGGGAUAGGCAGUUGUUUUUGUUUUUAAAUCAAAUUUGAGUUCCAGAAAUCCAACAGACUUUUAGUUAUGGCUUGGCUUACUAGUGACUUACUAUGACUAGGUUACUAGGCCUUAUAUUAUGACAAGAAAGCUAAAGCGAACUGGUGUUUAAUUUUAGGAUGAAAUAAAAUUCUACUUUCAACAUCUUAAUUGUUCACAAUGUACUUCCCUCUUUGCUUUCGUGAAUGUGUUAUCCUUGCAUUUUAAUGCUUUAUACUUAUCAAAAAGGCCACAUGGCCUUGUGAAUGUAGAACUGGCCUCAGAUUCAAGAAGACCUAAGAAUCCCC